AUGGCUCAAGCAAUUCGAGCAGUGACCUUCGCCUCCCUGGCUAGCCUGAUAUUGGCUCAGCAAAUUAAUUCUGGCCAUGGGCCUGUUGCGGCAACCCCAGGGACUGUCCUGCCUGCAGCUGCUGUCGUGCCUGCGUCAUCGACUGCGGCGGGUGCCCAGUUGUUUCAAUGGGAGAGUCUCCAGCUGACACAGCCUGUCCUCGCCAACCUCACGAACAUGAACCUCACCAAUGCUGCACUCUUUGGCUUUCCGACAACGAGCUUAGCACCGACCAGCCAAUGCAAAGUCUUCCCCGGAGACGCCCAUUGGCCCCCGCCUAUCGUGUGGGAAAUCCUCAAUCUCUUGACCGGUGAUGCACUCACCCAGGUUGUCCCCCUGGCCGCUCCGUGCUACAGCGGCUGGCCAGAGUAUAAUGCAGCGAAGUGUGCAUCCAUCACGAGCCAAUGGAGUGAUCCUAACCUCCACGUCAACGACCCUUCUUCAACCCAGUGGCCCCUAUUUCAAGGCCUGACAUGCCUCCCUCCCUCGCUCAGAAGCAGCAGCACUACUUGCACCCUUGGGGGCUAUGCAUCUUACUCAAUUGAAGUUACAAAUGUCGCCCAGAUCCAGUUGGCGCUCAAUUUCGCUCGAAACCUUAAUAUUCGUUUGGUUGUUAAGAAUACCGGUCACGACUUUGCAGACAAGUCGAUCGGUGCCGGUGCUCUAUCGCUCUGGACUCACAAGCUCAAUGACCUUAAGUUCUACCCCAACUAUGUCCACGGGUCGUAUAGUGGGCCUGCGUUCAAGCUUGGGGCUGGUGUUGAGACUGCCGAUGUAUAUCUUGCGGCUGAGCAGAAUGGUGUCACAGUUGUCGGUGGAGAAUGCCGGACUGUCGGCCUCGCUGGGGGGUACAUUGCCGGUGGUGGACAUUCUCCAAUGUCAAGUCUCGUUCUCUCAAUGGAAGUAGUUUUGCCUAAUGGCAAAUUUGUAACAGCUAGCGCAACUUCGAAUCCCGACCUAUUCUGGGCUCUUCGUGGUGGUGGUACUUUUGGCGUAGUGACAUCGUUGGUCAUCAUGGCGUAUCCMAAGAUUCCAGUCACUACAAUGACUUUCGAUUUCACAAUGAGCAAUACUCUGAGCGCCGACACCUUCUGGGCUGGUGUAAGGGCGUACAUGACCUAUUUCGCCACGUUCACGGAUGCGGGAACCUACGGCUAUUUCAACAUCGUCCCCAACACAUCUGGCGGUUUCACCUUUACGUUCAACCCGUUCUGGGGAGCCAACAUGACCAAGCCCCAGCUACAGGCACUUGUCGCCCCUUUCCUCGGGGAUCUCAACAAUCUAGGUAUUCCAGUGACUCCCGUCUACACCCAGUACGCAAGCCUCUACCCAGCGUGGAAAGCCAGCUUUCCCCCAGAAGUCGUCGGCGGCUUCAACAACCACGCCGCUAGCCGGCUCUUCCCUCGUGAGAAUUUCGUCAACCCCACGCUGCUCAACGCUACGCUCGCUGCCGUGCGGUACGCGAUCGAGGCUGGUGGUAUCUUGGUUGGCUACAACAUCAAGGCGGCCACGAACUCGCACGCCAACCAGAACAACUCGGUCAACCCGGCAUGGCGAAAUACGCUGACGCACUUCAUCCUACCGGCCCUGUGGGAUAACGACGCAACGUUUGCGCAGAUCCAAGCCGCCAGCGAGACCCUGACGAACGACUGGAUGGCUAAGUGGCGGGCGGCCUCGCCGGGCGCCGGCGCGUAUAUGGCAGAGGCAGAUAUCAACGAGCCCAAUUUCCAACAAGCCUUCUAUGGAUCGUACUAUCCCAAGCUAUAUGCUCUAAAGAAACAGAUCGACCCAUACGGCUUGUUUUAUGCGCCAACGGCUGUGGGGUCUGAAGACUGGUAUAUCACGGGCCAGAUUCCCUACGUACCUACCCAGAAUGGUAAACUAUGCCGCAAACCGUAA